AUGGAUUAUAGUCUGAGCUCGGUGCGAGGCCUCAUCCUUGAAAUUGGACCAGAGUAUCUUGCGACAAUGAUGCUGCCGAGAGCGAAGACACCGGACCUCGAGAAGUUGGAAAAAUCCAUGAACUCGAACCAUGAACUCUUACGAAGCCGCAUAGUCGAACUCACACCUGAAUUCCGAGUGGUAUUGCCCAAGAGAAAAGACCAUGACAACGUGAUCACAAUUCAAACUCUCGUGGAAGGCAAAUCGGCAGAAGAAACCGGGGAGGCAUGGCAAGUGGCUAUCCAAGGCCCUUCCUCUCGCAUGAUGGACAUCUGCCGACGCCUCCGCAACGAAGAUGAGUCUGCGAGGAAUGCCAUCAUCUGUCAUGCUAGGGGUGAGGAGAUGGAUUUCCGUGGGAAGUGCGAAGAAUGCCAUUGGCAACAAAGGUAUGAACUUCUGUCACAUUUCGGGGUCAUCCUGAGAGCUAUGAUAACAUCGUUUCCGGCUUUCCUAGACAACGCGACUUUCCUUUCCUUCUCAGACCACAUAGCCGGCCCUGUGACCACGAUCCCGGUCCCCGGGACCCACAAGGCCCCGGCCCCUGUGCGGCGGCGACGGACUGCCGCCUCCGGCAGUAGCCGUCUUCAUCAUGUAUAA